GACAAAUCACAAAUUUCUAUAGUAGGGAUUGAGUGUAGUGUUCUGUGACGUCACAUUUACGCAAGUAGAAAAUUACGUGAAUGGUGUCUAACCUAUUCGUGUCUUUAAGAAGUAGGAUUUGCAAAUGUGUUCGUAAUUGGAAAGGAGACCUUAUUUGUUUGUUUAAAAAAUGACAACAGCAAGAGUAAAUCAUAGGAAGUAUAAGUGGGCAUUAGAAUCUGGUGUGAGGAGUAAACAAGACCGAAGUUCUGAUUUAGCUUCUCCUCCUGGUUACAACCCAUCAGCUGGUCAGGUUUACACUGAAGUCGCUAGGGAGUCUGAUCCCAGUCAUCUCAUUAUAAAGAAAUCAUGGGAACUUGCCCUUGGUCCUCUGAAACAGGUGCCAAUGAAUCUCUUCAUAAUGUACAUGGCUGGCAACUCCAUUUCCAUCUUCCCAAUAAUGAUGGUAGGAAUGCUUAUUGUACGACCAGUGAAGGCUUUGUUCACAAUGCAGAAUACUUUCAAGAUUAUUGAAGGGAGCCAUGCUGUAGGACAGAAAUUUGUAUAUUUUUUGGGAAAUGUUGUGAGCGUAGCUUUAGCACUGUAUAAAUUUCAUUCCAUGGGUCUUCUGCCUUCGCAUUCAUCCGACUGGCUGGCCUUUGUCGAGCCACAGAUGAGAGUAGAAUAUUCUGGCGGAGGGAUAUCACUUCUAUAGGAACCAUACGAGGGAACUUGGUUUAAUAACACAAUUCUUCCACUGGAAACUAGUGGAAUAAACACCAUCUUUUUAAUAUUCAGUUGAAAUGAAGAAUGUGCCUGUUGAGGAUUGUCUCGACCAUCAAAAGGACAGCCUUCCAUAGAAUGAAAUAAAAGUGGAAAACUUUUGGCUGUCUGAAUGUUAUAUCUUGUAUAUUUGUUCUAUUAAUUCACUGUUAUGUAAUAAAAUACAUAUGUAUCUUCUGUUUAUGGUGGGAGAAUGGAGUUCAGCAUCUGCAGUAUUUAAUUAAAUACAACACUUCUGAGUAAAAAUUACAACACAACACAAUUUUUCAAAUGACUCUGAUCCAACUCCCUCUUCCGUACAACCCUGAUGAAAUAAUAAAUACAACACUUAAGAUAAUGGCAAAGUAGUUUUGGUUCCCAACAUACAGUACAGAGCUUUAUAAUACACAAAGGGUACAAAUCAUGUUUACAUAUUGUUACAGAAUGUUCAUAUAGCAUUAAAAUUCUUAAAAUUUCACUACAUCGUCUUAGUUUAACGGCAAGUUACUUCGUGGCUUCUUCUUUAGAUGUUUUAUGACAGAAAGUGGAACUCACUUCACUGCUGCCAUUCAUGUUGACCUGUGAAUAAAUAAAUCAUAUUUAAAAAUACAUUUCUUCAUAGCCAGUAUUUUUAAAGGCAGAGUAAAUGUAAAUUAGAUCCACAUGUGAAAUUCUGAUACUUCUUUCCGAAACACUGAAUCUCCAAAACUUAUUAGAUUUAUUUUAUUGAAUGGUGUGGUUACAAGAAAUGAUGAUUAUUAGAUGGUAGAUUUGGUAGAUUGUACAUUUUUAUGUGACGAGAGCAUACAUUUUUUGAGAUGCUUCUGGAAUGAUGCUUGCCUUAAGUGAUGGCUUGCAUAAUUGCAAAUCUUGUUACAAUGAUGAAAAGACAAAUGAAAAACCUUUAAGAAGGCAGCAAAUAGAAAAUACAGAGAAUAGCCAGGAAACCAAAGAUUGUGAUAUUUGUAUUUCAUUACAUACAGUGAGUAAUAAUACAAGGUUUCUUUAUUAAAAAAUUUCAUCAUUUAUAUGCUAACUUAAGCAUUUCCUGAUACUUUUCAGUUUAGGGCUAAAAUAGGUUGUUCUCAAGGUGGAUAUUGCGCACUAAAAAUUGUAAUUAACAAUAUGUUGAUUUUCAUAUCUGAUAUUUCAAAAAUGUUAGCAUAAAAAUAAUUGAACGUGUACACCAGGACUUUGCCGAUGUCUAAUGUUGUGUAUUUUCUGUUCUUUGGAUUCUUUCCUGUGAAUGGCAGGAAAUCCUCUUGACAGAAAGGGUUGCACACAGACUGAAGCAAUCAUUCCAGUUAUGAGGUCUGGUACUGUCUCCCUGAAUCAAGUCAGUACCAAUAUAAGUAUCACAAUUUAUGGUACCAUAAAGGAAAUUAGGACUGAACACUGUGACAGUAGGUAACACAUGCCAGCCUGAGACUUCCGCAGUUGUGAUGUGAGGAAUCUCUGUAGCCCAAAUAAAAUAUUGUACUUUGUUUAUAAGCAUGUCCCUCGAAAGGAAAACAGUCUUAAUCAUGAAGCCAUGUAAUGUUAACCAGUCUGGAUUGUUAGUGAUCUCAAUAUUCAUUUGCAAAAUUGCGAUGCAACAUUUUUAGCCUACGUUCCUCGAGGGAAAAAGUAGGCUUACAAAAUCACACUGUUUUUGCUUGUACCCGUCAACUUUUGAAUAGACUGAUCCAUUUUAAUGAAAUCUGGUUUGAAUAUUAUGUCGCGCAUGAGGUGGGAGUGACACCACUGUCACUCACUGUGUGGUUCUUUAAAAAAUGCAACUUUGUUGAGGUAAUUGUUUUGUAGAACAUAAAACACCAUUGCAGCCUGAAAAAGUUUCAUUAGGUAUCAUUUUGACAGCAAUAAUUAUGAACUUCUGGAAUAAAGCAUGAAAUUGUGUAUGAAGAUAUCAACAUUCCUACAAAUAUUCUUUACAAUUCAGCAUUUAACAAACAUGGUGAUGGUGCAAAAUGAUAAGGUCAUAUCUGACAAACUUAAUGAAGACAGAAUCUGCAGACCUACUUUGUUCUGACUUAGGAUUUGAUCCUGUGACCACCUACGCACAAGCCUGGCAUGCUAACCCAUAAGCUAAAUUGCAUGUUUUUAUUUUCUUCUAAACUUACAUACAACACACAGAUUUGUUUGACUGGAAGCAUGUGAAAUAUAAAAGUAGGGUCUAUGAAUUCUACCUGGAAGUCUUGUUUUGUUCUUACAUUCUGUACACUGUAUGAGGAAGUAGGAAUAAUUUAGUAUUUGUUCCUUGCACUGCACCGAGUACAGCGAGGUAUCGUACAAUAAACAACGCUGAAGCAAUUUAAUUAUUUCAGUAGUUUACUUUCAGGAAAAGCCUGUGUGAAUGUAGGCUCUUUUCAAUAACAUUGUUUUGUAAAGUGAUGUAUAUGACUGUCAAAUAAAUGGGUAAAAUUUA